GGCGCGUUCUGCGCCGUGACGGAGGGCGGUGUGCGCGGUGGCUGUUGGGUAGGAGCCGGUUUGAAGUCGUUGGGAGGGGGAGAGGAGCUGAGCUCGAUCGCACCCGGCCUGGGCCACUCGCCGCACCGGACGCGCAGGGAGCAAGAAAAAGGGAAGGGGGCCCGGGCCGAAGAAGCACCAUGAGUUCCCACUUCGUGAAACGCACUCAAGAUUCGCUGGGAAAAGUGAUCAAGAAGCCGCCUCUGACCGAGAAGCUGCUCAGCAAGCCGCCCUUUCGCUACCUGCACGACAUCUUUACCGAGGUUAUAAGGAUCACCGGGUUCUUGAAAGGACUGUAUACAGACUUUGAGAUGAAAUCUGACAAUGUUAAGGAUAAAGAUGCUAAAAUUGCAUUCCUACAGAAGGCUAUUGAUGUAGUGAUGAUGGUGUCUGGUGAUUCUUUGUCUGUGAAACCUGCACGCAUCGUGGCUGGUCACGAACCAGAGAAAACUAAUGAGCUUUUGCAAGCUAUUGCAAAAUGUUGCCUUAACAAGCUUUCCAGUGAUGAUUCUGUGAGGAGGGUCCUUGCUGGAGAAAAGACAGAUCCUAAAGCAAAAGCACCAUCUAGCUCCAAAUCUCAGGGGAAAGAAAACAGAGAAAAAAGUGAUGAGCACAAGAGGCAAAAAGACAAAGAAGUGGAGGAAAAGAAUGAUAAUGGAAUUAAAGACUCUAGCAGAGACCGAAAAGAAAAAGAACAGUCAAGGGAACGUGGAAAACAAAUGGAUAAAGAAAGGGAUCGACACAAAGAUGGUGAUAGACGCGAAAGGACUAAAGAACAGGAGCGAGACCGAGCAAAAACAAAAGAAAAGGACCAGGAAAACCACAAGAAUCGAGGGGAUGGAGAAAGAGUGGAGAAGGAAAAGAAUCGAGGAACAGAAAAAGUGGAGAAGGACAAGAUUAGAGGCGAUGGAGAAAAGGACAAAGAACGAAGUAAAGAGAGAGAGAGAAACAGAGACAAAGAAAAAACGAGAGAAAAAAGAGAGAAGGACAAGAGAGAAGAGCAUGAGCGUUUGAAAGACCAAAGUAGAGACCAAGAAAUGGAAAAGGAAAAAGCCAAAGAACAGGAGAAAUCAGAGAGACGGUCUAAAGUAAUUGCAGAGGACAAGCCACCCAUACAGCCUUCAGAAGUGGUGAAGAAAGACAUCAAAACUGAUGCAGAGCAAGAGGUUGAGAGUCCUGUGAGAAUUCCCAGACCCUCGUCCGCAAAAGGCCAAAGAAGGAAACCAAAAUCAGGAGUUGAAGAGGAAGGGAAAGAAUCUAAAACAUCACUUAGUCAGCAAGAGGUAUUAGAACAGAAGUCGGGGAAAGAAUCCAAAGUAACUAAGCUAGAUGUGUCUGAUGUUGAAGGAGAUCCUGAAGCUGCCCAAUAUUCAAUUGAGAAAAAACAUGCAGCUGAGGUGAAUGGAGAGGUUACAGAUGAACUUUCUCUGCAAGCUGUUCAGAGCAAACGAAUACCUCGACCAGGCAGUGCAAGGCCAGCGCCUCCCAGAGUGAAGAAGCAAGAAAGUACCGACUCUCCCCCAGAAAGAGUUAGCAGUGCAAAACCCCUGACUAAUGUAAUUGUGGAACAAGGAAAGAAUGCCGAAGAGGAGGAGGAUGAUGACGAUGAACAGUUUGUGGUGGAAGAAACUGUUUCACAGCUUCCAGAUAUGCCUGAGAUGGAACCUGUGGCAGCAAUGGAACUGCAAGACAAUGAAGACCAUGGUGGACUUGUCAAGAAGAUUUUGGAAACUAAGAAAGAUUAUGAAUCUUCAAAGUCUGUUACAAAACACAAAGAUCAGGAGAAAACCAUCAUCUCUGAAACAGCAAGAAAAAAGGAAAAGGAGCUAGUGACCAAGGAAAUAGAAAAACUACGCAUGUCCAUCCAGACCCUGUGUCGCAGUGCCUUGCCCCUGGGGAAGAUAAUGGACUACAUACAGGAAGAUAUGGAUUCCAUGCAAAAUGAGUUAUCGAUGUGGCGCAAGGAAAACAAAAAGCAUGCAGAAUCUCUCCUAAGAGAACAAAGCGUUACUGACACUGCUGUGGAACCAUUAAAGACUGAACUUGCUGAACUGGAGCAGCUGAUCAAGGACCAGCAGGAUAAGAACUGUGCUGUCAAGGCAAAUAUACUGAAAAAUGAAGAUAAGAUCCAGAAGAUGAUUUCAAGUAUUAACUUCACUUCAAGAACGUGAGGAAGAAGGACUCUUGAUUAUUCGGAACAAAGUCAUUAAUAUGGUUCGGCUAAUAAUGUGAAAGAAUGAUGGCUAGAAGGAAUCUUAUAGCAGAGCAGAUUAAGUGGGUGCAAAACAUUUAUUUGCAUUCCAGUCGCUCAGUGAUUUGCAUUCCACUAGAGAGCUUUAUUAUAUUGCACAUUCUAAAGAAAACAAAUGAGUACAUUAAAUAAAAGAAUUGUUUAUAAAUUGCUUGCAGCUCUGAAAGCAGGACUUGUACUGUUUUCUAUUUUUUGUUGUUUGCUUCCUUAAGGCAGAUGUUCACAAGGACAAUUUUAGCAAAACACUAUGACUAUGAAUGCGGAACAAAUUGGUUAGAUUUGAUGAGGGGAACAUUACCCACUUCAUAUUUGACUGAUUGUCACUCGUGAUUCUACAUAUGUAACUUGUAACAAGCUACAAGGUGGUUUGCAACAAUACAGGAACUAGAUAAAUGACUUCAACGCCAAGGCAUACAAACAAAGCAAUCUUCUGGUCAGUGUUCAUGGCGCUCAACCCCACAUAGGCUCACUUUUAUCACCAGAGACUGACAGGUCAGGCCACCUGGAAGUAUGUUAUUUUUUUUCACAUGCCGAUAUGAAAAUAAUAUACAAUUAUUUAUUAUUUUUAAUCCAUUUGGUGUAUUGAAGGUAGUAAUUUGAUCUAGCUGCUUAGAUUCAUCAGCACACUGCUAGAAGAACUCAGCAGGCCAGGCAGCCUGUGUAGAAUUCCUUCAGAAUUCCCCAAAAAACAUCUGUUCAUUUACCUCCCCAGAUGCUACUUGACCUGCUGAAGUUGUCCAGCAGUUUUUUUUACUCAAGAUUCCAACAUCUGCAGUCUUUUGUGUCUAAUGCUUAAAUUAAUUUACUAAUAUGACUUUAAAAUGUCUGGUCACAACUUUAAACCCCUACUCGCAUAUAUUAUCUCAGCCACUAAAUGAAAGUGGCCAUAGGACUAAAAUACAUUACAAAAUAAACAACUAUUUGCAUCUAUGGCUUACAAAACUUUACAGGCAGAGGCAAAUGCUGUUAGCUUGACCUUGCGACAUAGAUCAGUAAAGCAUAUCAGCAGGGCAGCCUGGUUAAUUCAGGGAUGUGAUGAAAUAUUAAGUACUCCAAGGGAGCCAUAAUUUGUCUUCAAUAUUCCUUGCAAGCAGGAGACACAAUGUAUUCUCAGCUACCACUUCAACUUUAAAGAUAGCUAACCAAGGGAAUACCCAUUUGCUGUGCUUUGGAGAAGAAAGAUUUUAAUGAAGCAAAAAACAAAUUGCAUAUUAAAAUGAUAUAUUUUUGACAUGCAAAUACAUGCAUUUUUUUUUUAUUUUGAAGAAAACCAAACUACGAAUGUUGCUUCACUAGUCUUUCAUGUUAUGGAUGGUGCACACUAAACAUUUAUUCAUUCUUUCUAACAAAGAGAAAUUGUCUCUUUCUAGUACAUCAAUUAAAUACAGUUGGCAAACUUGUUUUUAUUGGUGUAAUGAAAAUUAUCAGCCAAUGCCUGAUAAACUUUGGAAACAUAACCAUUUCUGUAUUAUAACUUUUAUAAAUUAUAAAUCACAAGGUUAACUAUUACUUUAACAGAUAUAAUAUUAUCCAUUCAAUAUCCUUCUAUACAAUUUUGAAGGCUUUGAAAGCCUUUUAAAAUAUAUAUUAUUGAUUUGAAAGAGCUAAUGUACUCUUUGGAGCCAGUUGACAUUCUGACAGUGCUUCACAAGUCUAAUGUUCAUUGUUAGAUAAACAUACUGGAAGGUGGCAAUUGUGCAGCAUGUAUUUUGACCAAUGUUUAUCUUUGGGGUAAAAUUGCCAGUUAAAAUGAGCUGUAUGAUACAUCCCCAAGAAAAUACAUUCUUGUUUAAUAUUAAUUGGUAACAUCUCACUGAAUGCUUCUGUGCUCUGAAGUACAUUAAAACAAUAUGACAUUUCUGCAACUACUCAACUAUGUAGUGGUUAAAGCUUCUUUAAAUAGGUUUCAUUUGAAUGAUCAAAUCACCGAUGACUAGCCUUACUGGCUUAAGAUGCUUCACGUUAAAUUGGAGAAGCAUCCUGAGUGAACUCCAGGUUUGAGCUAAAUUUAGAUGAUGUUAACUUGGCCAUAGAGUUUGCCUCUGUUCUGGCCAGGGAGGAAGAAAACCAGCUGCAAUUCCAGGCACUGAUUGCUUUUUAGUGACUCCUGCUGGAAGCUGAGACUGCUUCGGGUUGGCUAAGGAAAUGUUACUGUGAACUCUUUGUUUAGAUGCAAGACUGAAAAGUGACAAUCAAGAGUGAAAGGAAAGGCCAUUUAAUACGUUUAAACCAGAGCUUGACAUAAGGUUUGAAAUUUUGUUUCAACUGUUUAAGUCAGCGAUGAGAAAGAUUGGAAGAAACAUAUUUAUUGCUUUUUUUUCUAGUGUUCUGAAUGCUUUAUGCAUAUAGUGUGUGUUUUUAUUUUUACUUUCUCAUUCUCACCCUUGAUUGUUAAGCAGCACUUUUGGGAUAAAUUUACAAUUUCAUAUUUUGUUUGCGUCAUGGAACUACACCAUGGAUCUUGUUUUGAAGAAUAAAGCAUGUCCCUUUAAAUUAUUCCUCAAGCACAGUGAACAGUUGGAUAAUCUUGCACAUCUCUGCACUGCUACGUUCUACUUAUUUCCAACUGGCCAUUAAGUAUAACCCAUUGCCACAACACUUUUUCUUUGCAAAUUCACAUUUAAACUACAAGUAUGUCUUCAUGGAUGAAUUAAUGAUAGUGGUGAUCUAAUUAUUACCUCAAGUCUUGUAUUCGUUUUAUAAUUGGUUUCCGAAACUUUGAAGAAGAGUUGAUGACAAACUCAAGCUGAUACCGUUAACUCCGCAGCAACAGCAAAGGACACUGCAAAUUUAAACAAGUAGUGAAGGCUAGAGGUUUUGCGGUGAAUUUUCUGAAGAGUGCAGAAGAUCAUUAGCUUGUAGUAAUGUGAGCUGGGAUCAUUCAUUUACAUAAUUUUGAUGAAAUACAAUUCUUUAUACAGCUUCAUGUGUUUGAUCCAUUGUUAAAUGUUUCGCUUGUAUAUUUUUGUAAAUUUUGGUCACUGUAACAUAGUUAAAUUAAUUUUCUAGUGGAGUGAAAUAAAAUGUGCAGCUUUUUUGACUGUU